AUGUACGAUCCGGAGCGUGGCUGGAGCCUGUCCUUCGCGGGCUGCGGCUUCCUGGGCUUUUACCACGUCGGGGCGACCCACUGCCUGAGAGAGCGCGCCCCGCACCUCCUCCGCGACGCGCGCAUGUUCUUCGGUGCCUCGGUCGGGGCCCUGCACUGCAUCACCUUCGUCGCCGGUGUCCCGCUCGAACAGAUCCUGCCGCACGUCACAGAACUAGUCCAGGACGUCAGAAGCCGGAACAUCGGCAUUCUGCACCCGUUCUUCAACAUAAGCCGGUACAUCCGAGAGUCCCUCAACAGACUCCUCCUGGCCAACGUCCACCAGCUCAUCUCCGGCAAAGUGAGCAUCUCUCUCACCCGAGUGUCCGAUUGGGAGAACAUCCUGGUGUCCGAUUUUCAGUCCAAAGAUGAAGUUGUGGAUGCCUUGGUGUGCACCACCUUCAUCCCCUUCCUCUGCGCCCAUCCCCCCUCCUUCAGGGGCCUGCGAUAUGUGGAUGGAGGAGUCAGCAACAGUAUGCCCUUCCUCGAUGCCAAAACGACCAUCACCGUCUCCCCCUUCUACGGGGAGUACGACAUCUGCCCUAAGGUCAAGUCCACAAAUUUCUUACACAUGGAUGUGAACAAGCUCAGUCUACACCUCUGCUCAGAGUACAUCCACCUGAUAAGCCAAAUGCUGCUCCCCCUGGACAUCAAGGUGCUGGGCGAGAUUUGCCUGCAAGGGUAUUUGGACGCAGCCAGGUUCCUGGAAGAAAAUGGUAUGUGUGGGCGGGGCCCUGGCAAGCCCUCUCUGGGGCUCCGGACUCUGUCCUCGGGAGGGCCAGGAAUCCUGGCUGUUCCCUGGGGAACCAUGAGCCUGGAGGCCUCCCCAGAGGGGGCGGCCUGGCAGCCGAUGCGUGAGGGUGACGGGCUACUGGACCACCUGCGUCACAGCGUCCCGCCCUGGAACGAGAACACCCUGGAGAUGCUGUGGCCCUCGCUCACCGCAGUGCUGAGUGAGAUGGUUAAAAACCGAGGUGGCUUCAUGAGCAAGAUUCACAGCUUCUUCCCGGUGAAGGUUCUGUCUUACGCGCUGCUGCCCUGCACGCUGCCCGUGGAGUCUGCCAUCGCCGUGGUGCAGAGACUGGUGAUGUGGCUUCCGGACAUCUGGGAUGACAUGCAGUGGCUGCAGUCCAUGACCUGCCAGACCUGUUCUCGGGUGGUGGCGCACAUGUUCCCUGCCUUCAGGUAG